UCUCUUAGCAUGAUUGAGGCCUCCUAAUACACUCCCCCUACACCCCAUUCGAACUCCCAAGAUAAGAGAGAAAGAGAGAGCCACAUACUCCAAGGGAGAGGUGAAGAGAGAAGCUGGCCGCAGGACUCGUUUUCCAGAAGAUAGGGCUACUUGUUUGACCCAUAACUUGAGCUUCACUCGUCCAAAUAAGGCGUAUGAUAUACCAAAAGAAAUCUCUCAAGACGAGGAAUCCGUGAAGGUCUGGUUUGCAGAAAUUGGAGUAGUGGAAGGCUUCCAAACCGUCCGAGCAAAACACAACCUCGCAGGAGAGGAUUUAAUCUUCUAAAGAAACGAGUUAACCGGAAAACACCCAUUCUAGGGGCUGUUUUCAUAUCAACGAUUAAGGGUUGAACUAGCACUUUGAGGAGGCUGUUUAACACUCAUAUUUGAGCAAGGAAUUAGUUCCAAAUCCACCUUGACCAAAGCUUUGACCAUUGGACCAAGAAGGGAAAGUUUAAAGCUCAAUUGAGGUUGAGGCUAGAGCUUGCUUCCUGUGCUCGUUGCCCGAGUGAUUUCCCCGGAGAGAAGACUUGAAAUGGACCGUGGUGGCAGGAUUACUAGGAGAAACCCAACUGGCCGUGUACCAGUGGAGACUGGACAGGGCAGUCGAAGGACCUCUAGGGCAUCUAGAGGAGCUGGCCGUGGAGGCCGAUCGCAGACCGUGAGUGACGGUCAUGUCGACACAGAGAGUGAAACCUACUGGUCCUAUGAGGACUCGACUUACCAACCGGAAACCGAGCCGGUCGAGACCCCUUAUGAAGGGGAUGAUGACGAUGUAAGUGAUGAGGAGGAAAAUGGCUCCUUGGCACGGAUUGAGGCGCUACUCCAACAGUAUCACCGUGAGCGUGAAGAGAGGAGGCAACGCCGAAGACGCCGAGCGGGGCAACCUUCGGGCAUGGCUUCAAGAGGAGGAAGUCAUGGUGCAUCUAGAGUCCAUGUGGAACCACAUGGAGGCCAAAAUGAUGGAGGUCCAACCAUAAGGAUCUCCAAAUUUAUCAAAGAAGCAAGGGACUUGGGGUGCAAACCCUUUGAUGGGGCAGGGGACAUUUCAGUUGCAGCACAAUGGAUCAAGAGGCUAAAUGAAGCAGCCCUUGACAUGCAAAUCGCGCCGAAUCUCAAACUGAGAAUUGCGGUAAGAUUGCUCGAGGGGAUGGCAUCCAAGUGGUGGGAUGGAACCAAGAGCAAGUACGGUGAGACCGUCGUUUGGGAGGACUUCCAACGGGAGUUCUUUGCCCAAUAUUAUUCUGAUUUUGAAGUAAACAAGAAGGUGAGGGAAUACACCCUCCUAACCCAAGGGGGUAACAUGACAGUGAAGGAACUUGAGUACAAGUUCCGGGAUCUCGCCGACUACAUACCGGAGUAUGCUUGUGACGAGAACCGAAUGGUAAACCACUUUUGGGAUGCUCUUGACUUGGAGAUACGUGAUAGGGCAACACAAUUGCCUAAUAUGACUUUCGCCCAAGUGGUUGACCAAGCGUUGAAAGGAGAGAAACAAUGGGAAGAAAGGAAGAAGAAAGACACCGAAGAGGCGAAAAAGAGAAAGUGGGAGAGUCAUGGCUCUCAAGGUUCCAACAAGAAGGGGAAUCAUGGGGGAGGACCUUUCCGAGCACCACCGCCACCAUCUAGGGGGAACCAAGGCCCGAGUGGGCAAGGCUCGAGGUCACAAGCCUCAGUGGUAACUCGUUGCAACAAUUGCAAGAAACACCACUCCGGUAAAUGUCGUGACCCCCCUAGAUGUUUCCAAUGUGGGGAUGCCGGACACUUGAAGGCGCAUUGCCCCCAGUUGGGUGGGGCAAGGACAUCAGGACCAAGUAGCGGGGCUGCGGGAAGUAGAAACCAAGCC